GUGAUCUAGCGCUAUAAAUAAGACGAUCGAUCGGACUAGCUUGGUCUGAAGGUCAAGGAAGAAGAAGCUCUUUAGGGAAGGAAGGAGCUGCAAGCCAAGCUAGCAUGGCGAGAAGCUGCAAGCAAUGGGGAGCGCUGCAGUUAGCAGGAGCGCCUGCGCUCGCGUUCCUCCUCAUCGCGUCGGUGCAGUGCGAGUCGUCCGUGCUGCCGCCUGGUUGGACGGGCGGCUCCGGGUCCGACCAGGGGUCCAGCCCUGACGGCUCUUGGAAGUACGAGUGGGGCUGGGCUGCUGGGCCUGGUGGACAUGGGUCUGGGUUCGGGUUCGGGUACAGCGGCAGCGGUAGCGGCGAUGCAGGCGGCGGCGGAGGAGGAGGAGGAGGAGGAGGAAGCGGAUCACGGACGUUUGGCUCACGCGGUGGUGGCUACGGUGCUGGUGGUUACACUGGCGAAGCCGCCGGCGGUGGGAAGGAAGACGGCGGAAGGGCGCAGAAGCAGCCGGACGGUGGCGGCCAGAACUGAAGCCGCCCGUGCGUGCCAUUGCCUUGCAUAGUUGCAUAAGGUGCGGGAGGGUUAAUUAGCCAAAGCAGCCAGUAUUAGUAUAUCAACGAUGUUGCAUGUGUGUGGUGUAUUGGUGUGUCGAAUAUAUGUACUCAGUCUCGAUCCAUCCGUAUAAGCAGACUUGUGUAUGAUGUGCUCGAUUGUCGUUCUAUAUGUAUCUGGCUAUGCCAUUGACAAUAGUCCUGUAUAUUCUACGAGUCGACGUGGGGUAGUCAAGUU